AUGGCUGGGUUCCAGUCCAGCGUCGAGAAGUCUCGAGCUGAGCAGGGCACCAAGUAUGGAAUACACAAAUCAGUACGUUUUCGAAGGGGCCGCAUACCCCAACAGGCACCGACUCCGGGCCAGGCCAUCAACUGCGGAAUCCACGAGCCAGACUGCCUCCAAGACGGUCGCAUGUACCGAUCAUCGCGGAUACCCAUUCCACAGGAGUCUCGACGGCAGAGCGGAUGCUGCUACCGGCCGAGGAUAUUUCACAGUUGGUCCGUUUUCCACGGCGUCCCAGUGCCCGCGAGACACUCUGAAUGCUAA